AGUCACAUGACAGUUUGAGUAACCCAGCUGACAAUAGAAAGCAAUAGUAAGGGUGUCUUUCCUAGGCACUAAGUCUAGGCAGUGGAUCGAAUCCCCGAGCUGACAAGCAUUGUUACCAACUCCUCAGUAAGGAAAGUAGCUAUUGGCUGCCCUAAAAGUCUCUAGAAGUCGCUAAAUUACGUCAUCGCCUAAUUUGCAUAACUGGCCAUGUGCAUGUAAUUGUGAUGGACGCUGUAGGAGAGGAAUAACGUCGUGGGAGAGACAAAAAGAGUGUGUGUGUAUCUCUACCGGAUCCCGUCAUGUCGACCCAGCCUGCUCCGGAGCAGGGAGCUGUGUUGCUGAACAGUGGCCUGCACAUGAAGAGCAAGAAGGGGCUGGAGGCCGGGAAAGUGGAAGGCCUGCAGGCCCGGGGCCAGUGGGCCAGCAAGGCAGAGUUCCUGCUGGCUGUGGCGGGACAGAUCAUAGGCCUGGGCAACGUGUGGAGAUUCCCCUACCUGUGCUACAAGAAUGGAGGAGGUGUGUUCUUUGUGCCCUACCUGUUGUUUCUGGUUCUGUGUGGUGUUCCUCUCUUCCUGAUGGAGACCUCUCUGGGUCAGUAUACCAGCCUGGGAGGGGUCAGCGCCUGGAGGAGCAUCUGCCCACUGUUCGGAGGUCUGGGUUUUGCCAGUCAGGUGAUGAUCCUCCAUGGGUGUGUGUAUUACAUUGUGGUCCUGGCUUGGGCUCUCUUCUACCUGGUCCACAGCUUCCAGUCAGAGCUGCCCUGGGCCCACUGCAACAACACCUGGAACACAGAUACCUGUGUGUUGUUUGACUGUCAGAACCUAACUUCUGGGACCAGCCUACCAGAGAACGCUACCUCACCUGUCAUCGAGUUCUGGGAGCGGGAGGUCCUGCAGCUGUCCAGUGGACCAGAUGAGCUGGGGCCAGUCAGCUGGAGGCUGGCUCUGUGUCUGCUGCUAGUCUGGGUCGUCUGCUACUUCUGUGUGUGGAAGGGGGUCAAAUCCACUGGCAAGGUGGUCUACCUUACCACCACGUUCCCCUACUUGAUGCUGGCCAUCCUGCUGGUACGUGGCAUCACCCUGCCUGGAGCUGCCCAGGGCAUCAUCUACUAUCUCAAUCCCAACAUCACCCGCCUGGCAGACCCACAGGUAUGGAUGGAUGCGGGGACUCAGAUAUUCUUCUCUUAUGGCAUCUGUCUGGGGAGCCUUACCGCCCUGGGCAGCUACAACAAAUACAACAACGACUGCUAUAAGGACUGUUUUUCCCUGUGCCUGCUGAAUAGUGGCACCAGCUUCCUGGCAGGCUUUGCCAUCUUCUCUGUGCUAGGCUUCAUGGCUCAGGAGCAGGGUGUGGACAUCGCAGAUGUGGCCCAGUCAGGCCCUGGGCUGGCCUUUAUAGCGUACCCUCGGGCUGUAGCCAUGAUGCCUCUCCCUCAGCUGUGGGCUGUGUGCUUCUUCCUCAUGAUCAUCAUGCUGGGGCUGGACACACAGUUUGUGAGCCUGGAGGCCCUGAUGACCUCUGUGACUGACCUCUACCCUACGGUGAUCCGGCGGGGUUAUCGACGAGAGCUGCUGCUGCUGAUGGUGUGUGUCGUCUGCUUCCUGGUUGGCCUGGUCAUGGUCACCCCGGGUGGUCUCUAUGUGUUCCAGAUCUAUGACCACUACUCCUGUAGUGGGGCCAGUCUGCUGCUCCUGUCCAUCUUCCAGUCGGUGACCGUGGGCUGGGUUUACGGGCCUGACAGGUUCAAUGACAACAUUAAGCACAUGAUUGGCUACAGCCCGCUGCCCUUCUUCAAGCUGUGCUGGCGCUACCUGACGCCAGCCUUGUGCACGGCGACGUUUGUGUUCUCCUUGGUGUGCUGGUCCCCUCUGUCCCUGGGGAAGGGCAUAGUAGCCCCGGGGUGGGCCACAGCUCUGGGAUGGCUCCUCACCCUCUCCUCUGUCUCCCUGCUGCCCCUCUGUGCACUUUACGCCCUUGCCACCACCCCCGGCAGCCUAACACAGCGUUUCCGCCGGCUGUGUCGUCCUGCCCCCGACUCCAAUUUGGCCAUGGACCACCGGACCACCUCUCUCACCUUUGAACCCUGUCUGGCUCUCACUGCCGGAAAUCCAAUGAGCCAAUCGCAGACUUGAUCUAGGUACGACCACCCUGGGUUUAGCCAAUACGGUUUCUGCGCACCAAUGGGACAGAUCAGAAUCAGGGGUCAUGGGAUGUUUCUAUGGAGAUGGGAAGGCCUCUGCCCCUCUGUUGUGUUCUCACUGGUAAAUGGAGACAGGAUGGUGGUUGAAACUGUGAUGGAAUCCAGCCUGUAUGCUGUUGGGCCUGGGAUAUGUGGACCGGGCUUAGUGACAUGCCGCUAACUGUGUGUAUUUUUGUGAAUGAAGGAGGGGGGGAGGGGGGAAAGAGAGGGAAAUUACCUCGUCAUAAUUUCAGUCAGACUAGCCAAUGGUUUCUGACUGGACUAUUUUGAUCAGGUCUGAAAUGGUACCCUAUUCCCUCCCUAUAUAGUACACUAUUACUUUUAACCAGGGCCGCUAGGGCUCUGGUCAAAAGUAGUGCACUAUGUAGGAAAUAUGGUGCCAUUUCAGAGUCUGUAAUUGGCUAAUUGAGUUAAGGCAUUAAGUGAAACUGUUUACAGAAAAUGAGAAAUCUGGACUGGAAGUAGUGAAAAAAAUCAUACCUUAAAAGAUCUUUUCUCCUUUUUGCUAUUUAUU